UCUUCUUUUUCCUGCAGGACAUUUCUCCUGGUGGGAGCUCCGAAAGCAAACACUACCCAGCACAACAUCGUAGAAGGAGGGCAGGUGCUCAAAUGUAACUGGAACUCAAACAGGAACUGCCAGCCCAUUAUAUUUGAUCCCACAGGUAACAGAGACUUUGCUCCUGAUGAUCCACUGGAAUUUAAGUCUCAUCAGUGGUUUGGAGCCUCUGUGAGAUCCCAAAAUGAUAAAAUUCUGGCCUGUGCCCCACUGUACCACUGGAGAACUGAAACCAAACAGGAGAGAGAGCCUGUAGGAACUUGUUACCUGCUUGCUGGGUCAAAAUUUGUGGAAUAUGCUCCCUGCAGGUCAACAACUAUCGAUGCAGAUGGACAGGGGUUUUGUCAAGGUGGAUUUAGCAUUGACUUCACAAAGGGAGACAGGGUGCUGCUUGGAGGACCUGGAAGUUUUUACUGGCAAGGCCAGCUUAUUUCUGAUCGAGUGACGGAGAUUGUGGCGAAGUACGACUCCAAAGUCUACAGUACGAAGUAUGAUGACCAGUUAGCAACCAGACCUGCCAGUGCUGCUUUUGAUGACAGCUACUUGGGUUAUUCAGUAGCUGUUGGAGACUUCAAUGGUGAUGGCAUCGAAGACUUUGUGUCAGGAGUCCCACGAGCAGCAAGAACUCUGGGCAUGGUGUCCAUUUACAAUGGGAAAAACAUGUCUUCCAUGUACAACUUCACUGGAGAGCAGAUGGCUGCCUAUUUUGGGUAUUCAGUGGCUGCCACAGAUAUCGAUGGGGAUAAUUACACAGAUCUGUUCAUUGGAGCCCCUCUUUAUAUGGAUAGAAGUUCAGAUGGGAAGCUUCAGGAGGUUGGCCAAGUAACCAUCUGCCUUCAGCGAGCCUUGGGAGGGUUUCAGACAGCAAAGCUGAACGGUUUUGAGAUCUUUGCGAGAUUCGGCAGCUCCAUCGCACCCCUGGGGGAUCUGGAUCAGGACGGCUUCAACGAUAUUGCAGUUGCUGCACCAUAUGGUGGGGAGGACAAGAGAGGAAUUGUGUAUAUCUACAAUGGAGGAGCAAGUGGUUUGAAUGCCAUCCCAUCCCAGAUCCUGGAAGGGCAGUGGGCCGCUCGCACUAUGCCCCCCAGCUUUGGGUACUCGCUGAAAGGAGCCACAGAUGUGGACAAAAAUGGAUAUCCAGACUUGAUUGUUGGAGCCUUUGGUGUUGACACAGCUGUUCUGUACAGGGCUAGACCAGUUAUUAGAGUAAAUGCUGCCCUGGAAGUUAAUCCAACUAUUCUAAACCCAGAAAACAAAGCCUGUUCACUGGGAGAUGUAAAAGUUUCUUGCUUCAAAGUAAAGUUCUGCUUAAAAGCAGAUGGCAAAGGAAAGCUCCCGAACUCACUCAAUUUCCAAGUGGAGCUGCUGUUGGAUAAACUGAAGCAGAAGGGAGCUAUAAGGAGAGCUCUCUUUCUCCACAGCAAACAGCCCAGCCACUCUAAGAACAUGACAAUUACAAAGGGGGGAAAGAUGAACUGUGAGGAGCUGGAUGCCUUCUUGAGGGAUGAAUCUGAGUUCAGAGACAAGCUAACUCCCAUUACUAUUUUUAUGGAAUAUCGUCUGGAUUACAGAACGGCUGCAGAUGCAACAGGAUUGCACCCCAUCCUCAACCAGUUCACUCCUGCUAAUAUGAGCAGACAGGCCCAUAUUCUGCUGGAUUGUGGGGAUGAUAAUAUCUGCAAACCAAAGCUGGAGGUGUCAGUAGAAAGUGAUCAGAAGCAGAUCUAUAUUGGUGAUGACAAUCCCUUGACCCUCAUUGUCAGUGCUCAGAACCAGGGGGAGGGAGCCUAUGAAGCAGAGCUCUUUGUCGUUGUUCCACCCCAAGCAGAUUUCAUCGGAGUUGUUCGUAACAACGAGGCUUUAGCCAGACUGUCAUGUGCUUUUAAAACAGAGAAUCAGACUCGCAUGGUAGUUUGUGACCUGGGCAAUCCCAUGAAAGCAGGAACUAAGCUCUUAGCUGGCCUGCGUUUCAGCGUGCACCAGCAGUCUGAGAUGGACACCUCUGUCAAGUUUGACUUGCAAAUCCGGAGUUCCAACCUGUAUGACAACCUGAGCCCAGUAGCAUAUUAUCAGGCUGACCUUGCUAUUUUAGCAGCUGUUGAAAUUAGAGGUGUGUCGUCCCCUGACCACAUAUUUCUUCCCAUUGCAAACUGGCAGCCCAAGGAGAAUCCCGAAACAGAAGAUGACAUUGGGCCUCUAGUUCAGCACAUCUAUGAGCUGAGAAACAACGGUCCAAGUGCAUUCAGCAAGGUGAUGAUGACUCUGCAGUGGCCUUACAAAUAUAAAAACAACACGCUGUUGUAUAUUGUGCAGUAUGAAAUUGAUGGUCCCAUGAACUGCACUUCUGACAUGGAAAUCAACCCACUGAAAAUUAAGAUUUCUGCUUCCAAGGAUGAUGACAGGAAUGAAACAUUUAGCAGGGAGGACCAUCGUGACCACCGCAUCAGCCGAAGAGAUUUAGCUACCGUGGAGGGGGACGUGCACACUUUGGGCUGUGGAACUGCUGACUGUUUAAAGAUUGUCUGUCAAGUUGGUCACCUGGAAAGGGGAAAGAGUGCAAUAUUGUAUUUAAAAUCACGCCUUUGGACCCAAACUUUCAUGAAUAAAGAAUACCAGAACCAUUCCUACUCUCUCAAAUCAUCUGCUUCUUUCAGUGUUAUAGAGUUCCCUUAUAAGAACCUUUCCUUUGAAGAUAUUCACAAUUCUACAGUAGUUACUACAAAUAUUACAUGGGGCAUUCAACCACAGCCCAUGCCUGUGCCAGUGUGGGUUAUAAUUUUGGCCGUCCUAGCAGGGUUGCUGCUCCUGGCUGUUCUAGUGUUUGUCAUGUACAGGAUGGGCUUUUUCAAACGUGUGAGGCCACCUCAGGAAGAACAAGAAAGAGAACAACUACAGCCACAUGAGAAUGGGGAAGGAACAUCAGAAGCUUAAGCAGAGUUUUAUCUGUAAGACAUUCUGAAAUGUACACUUGCCUACAUCUUGGUUACAAAUAUUGGCUUCCCCCUUCAUGAACAAACACUCACUGCUGCAGAGCUGCUGGUCUGGGAAGGCGUCAGCACGUGCAAAACAAGGGCAAUACACUUAAAUCCUCCCUCUCGUAUUAAUGCUGUUCUUACCUGCCACUAAUGCAUCUGCACUGACCCUGUGUGACAAACUCAAGUAAGAGGAGUGCUGGGAUUUUGCUUACUGGGAUACAGGAAACAUCAUCUUUUCUGGUUCAUGUGCUGAUUCUCCAUGAAUUUCUGCACAGUCUGCGUUUGCUCUCGGAGCCAGCAGCCUCCAGAGGUGGAUUACAUGCUUAGUUUCUGUUGGUUUUUUUUGGAGUACACUACAUUUCAUUGCCUAGCUCUUGAAAGUUAGUUGCACAAAAAAAAUGAAUGUAGCUUGUAUUACAGUACUGAAGAAUGUUCUCUACUCAUUAGCUCUGAUGAUUAUUUUUUUCUCCUGCUCAAGAAAUAGGAAGUAUUCAGUGGAAUCGUUCAAAUCUCACACCUGGUUUCCACACCUGUUCCCCUGUCUACUCAGUCAUCUGUCUUGUGGUUUCCCUCUAGACCUUACAAAUACUGUUCUCCAGGUCCUGGGUCUCUUACUGUAGGGAUUGAGCCUACAAACACCAAGUGAGUGAGAGAAAUCUGGGGCCGAUGUACUUUCUAUGGGACUUGGGGAAAAGAUUCAGGAGAAGAUGCCAAGAGUGCUGUGUAUUUCCACAGCGCAGGAUCCAGGUGUUCCACAGAGCUCUUGGCAGCAUGGAUGCAUUCAUACACUACUAGGGACAAGAUGCUGGGCUGUGGCUGCCAUCAGCCACAUCUGAGAAAACCCUUGAUGUACACCAGUGAAACCCCUGCAGGUUUUGAAGUGAAGGCUGCACAUUACUUGGCUUGUAUUUUGGUUUCUAGCAGAACACUGGAGGGACAUUGUGUGACACCUGGUGCACUGUGGGGAAGCUGUUAAUCCUCACUUUCCCUGCUUGACCAUGCCCAGGUACAGGAUGGAGUGACAUGGGGUCUGUUCAGGCUCUCUGCCAGCUACAUCCAUGGAUCUGGAUUAUACCUGUGCUUCAGCCACACUCACACCUCCCUCACCUCCUGCCCUCAGAGAAUAGUGAGUCAAAUGAAGCAGAGAAGAGCUGGCAGUGCACAAGGGGUCCAAAAGUAAAGGUUGAUUUGGCUUAUUUCAUUUCACUCAUUCAUUGUUUCAUUGGCUUGUUUCAUUUGAUUCAUUCAUUGUUUCAGUCACUGCAUGUUUCAUUGCACAAGACAUUUCACUGCACAAUGACAUUUCAUUAUGUUCAAUGCAUUUCAUUACCAGAAAAGACACUAAGUAUUUUGAUUCCUUGUUUUUUAAACAUACCAAAAGGUCAGUGGUUUAAAGUGGUUUGAAGUCAUGGGUUUAUAUUGCUCUCAGCUUAUUUCCCUCACCAUUGGUGUAGUAAAAGGAAGCUUCUUACACUGAUUGAUACAAUUUUUCCUUUCUAAACAUGAUUGGAAAUAAUCUGUAAUAGGAAAGAGCAUUGUCUAUGCAUUUCAGUAGACAAGUGCAGAGCAGGAGGUUCUCAACUUGCAACCACAGGUUGCACAGAUCCUAGAGCAGACAUACUUAAACCAUUACUAAGGUGCCUUCUAUGUGAUGUGUUUAUUUUCUUUUUUAAAGGGAACAAAUUGCAGUAUAAGCUCUCUGGAUGCAGCCAGGUACACAAAGACUUCUACUGUACUUACACCAGUGAGAUUUCUAUGCAGACAAGCUCUUAAAAGGGCAAAAACUCUUGUUUGGUUUUGUGCCAUGGGGCUUUUCUUCAUAGCUGCAUCUCCCCCAUAAAUAUAGCAGUGCCCACUAAACCCAGAAUUUUCUGAAAUGAGCAGUUUGUUUCCACUUUUAUUUCUGCAUCCUUUCAGAGAUUUAAAAUCCACCAAUGGCUUUUGUUGUUAAGUCCCUUCUUACUUGCUGAUCCAUGAUGGCAUCUGAGUCCUUAAGGGGGAGACAGCACAGAGUCUGGGGGGCCAGUAUGUUCAGAUAUAGGCUUGCAUAUUUAUCCAUUUACAUGGGUUGGGUUUAGACAGUUUGUUUAGAUAAAAUUAGUUUACAUGAAAGGGUAUAGGGCAUAAUUCCGCUUUCACUGAACUUUCAAGGUCUUCAGUGUGGCCAAUGUUUUAUUUUUGUCUUUCUUUUUAGUAUUGUUACUAAUAAUGUAGUAGAGAAUCAGGAGUCAGGCUUUGAUCCUGGCCUCAAAAUGUGACUUUGAUAGAACAGCAUUUUCAGUUACUUACAUGGGCUUGUGGUUCUCACGCUUGAUUAUCUAUGUGCAAGGAGAUCGGUUUUACCCAGUCUUAAUCUUAGUAGGGUAAGAGGUUUAAGAGACUGCCAGACAGAUUAUAGCUCUAAUUCCUACAUGUGUGCUUUCAUUACAUGUACACUUCAUGGUGACUUGAAAUUUAUUAGACUACUUGCAUGUGUAGGCUUUAUUAGGAGAUGAAAAAGAGUAUUUAGAAAAAGCAUGGCGAAGAUCCCUCCUGCUCGCAUGGAUGGGAUACCACAGCAUUGCUAAUGUCAGUGCUAACUGCAUCCUGAUUUUACUGUGGCAACUGGAAACUCUCAUUUUGCUGAUUUUCAGGAUAAGAAGGUACAUUUUAUUAGUACAACUACUGUAGCUACGGAAAGCAUCUUCCAUUUUUGAAGUUACAUAAAGUAAGACUUAUUUAACAGAUUUUUAUUUCUCGCCUUCUGCUGCACAAUUAAAGAAAAUAGUUGCUUCCUCCAUGUCCAUUAAUUUCCAGUUUGGUUAAAAAGACCACAGUAGCAUAUGUAAAUGGAGUAUACAGGUUAUUUAGUGAGCAUAGAUGUAACACCUCAAAUUCAAUUUAAAGUAACAUUUGUGUUUCAGGGAGAUUCCAAACUGGAAAUUUUCCUGAAUGGAGCUGCAGAAAACUUUUGAUAGUGUGUUCUAGAUUCAGCAAUAAGAUUCCAGAUUAUGUAUAUACUUGUGUCAAUAUAAAUUUCAUACUGACUUACAGGCAUUGAUUUAUUCUUACAGCAAGUACUGUAGAAUGAUGUUAAAGCUUUUAAAGAAACUUUGGAAAAGUUAUUUUAGAAUGAAAUUAAUGUCUUUGAGUCAAAAUUGAUAUGCAUAAAAUGCAUACUGGGAGCAUUUGAAAAAUACAAGUACAGUAACAGAGAAUUAGACUUCUUUGGAGAACUAUGUUUCAGGAGCAGAUUUUUUAUUAAUAUAAAAUCAACAGUUAUGUAAUUAUUUAGACAAUAAAAACAUUUUAAAAGAGCUAUAUCUUUUAUAAUGAAGUAUGAAAUUAUAUAUGUACUCCAGUUUGCAAUUAAUGCAGCAUCUCAUGAUCAAGUUUGAAAAGUGAUUUAUAUUACAGAAUGAGUAUUAUCUAUUACUAUAUUUGACAAUAUUUAGAAAAUGUAAAGCAAGGAACCUAAUUUAUAGGUUUACUUUUCUUUCAAGGAAUGAUGAAAUUGUGGAAAUAGCUUUUGUUUAAGCACGACUGUAAAGUCAAGUACGGGCUAUAUUUAUCAAUGUAAUUUGAAAUCCUUGAGUAAGUUUGCCAACAUUGUUUGCCAAGUUAUCAGGAUUUUUUCUGUUUUAAAUCUUGAUUUACACAUUGACCUCUAAUUCACAUAAUGCUUGUGGAAACUUUUGAAAGUUUACUACAUGUGCUCUUUCUUUAUAAAGCAUUUAUUCCAAGCAAAGGUAUUAAAUAGUCAUUUCUGAACUUGUGUCCACGCUUAAAAGGUCUUAAAGGGUAUUUUGAAAAUACUUCAGCUAUAAUCAGCAUGCUCUUGGUGAUUUGAAGGAAUCAUGCUGAACUUAGAUUUUUGCAGCAUUUGGGUUUGUUGGUUACCCUGAUAGAGCCCUGCAGUAUUUUCCACCCUCCCAAACAGUUGCAGAGCAGCAUUAUGCUGGGGAAAAUCAAGGCAGUUUUUGUCUUUCGUCCAGACUAAUGUGACCUUUUGAAUGAGAUUAUUUGUGCCCAGUGCUGCUGGCUGUUAAUGAUUCAGAAAAACAAUGUAUUUUAUUAAAGAAAAACAGGAAUCCAAAAAAUAAAAAAGGUGAUGGCAGGGCUCAGAUGAGCCUUACAGCGGGGAGAUGAUUUUGGUUUGUUUCUGAGAUGCGCAGAGCUGUUAGUGCUCGGUUGGCAGUGGCCCCUGUCACAGCCAGAUGCCACAGCUGGGAUCAUGGUUAUUGCUGAGCUCUGUAACUCCUGUGGGUGUGAGCGAGAUCUGAACCCUUUGGUACUGAAUAUUUAGCCUCAAACCCCCAUGUGCAAUAUGACAUGGUGUGACCUGGUUCACUGCCAAGCCCUCUGCCCGGUUCUGCUGGCCUAAGAAGGGCCGUGGUGUUUCUGUUUUUGAGAAGACAUUACUGGUGAGGACAGUGUUUGUCAGCCAAACAAACAGAGCCAGCGUGCUCGCUGGAGGUUAUGAAUUAAUGCUAUUGGAAGUCUUUGAUCACCCACAUUGGGUGAAGCUUGAUGUAUAUUCUAAAGUGUGUCCAUUACUAACUCCUGAGUUCUUGAGAACUGGUACCACCUUCUUUAAGUCCAUAGUGGAAAAUUUGACUAGAUCCAAUACAAUUGGGGUUGAGUCUGUAGUAUUACUACUGUUUCAUGUGAUUGUGGUAUUUAGGUCUAUUUUUUCCCUAUGUAUAGAAUUUUAACAUAACACAGGAAAUCUAACCUUUCAUGUAAUGACUUUCUCCAGAUGUGCUGCAUUAAAGGUGAAUAACUUAAUCCUUGGCUUUUGCAAAGUAAUGGAAAAUUUCAUGUAGCAUUUACAUCUUCAAAGAACUUUUACAGGUUUUGCUUUCCUAGUCCAUGAAGGGAACCUGUAUUUGCUAUGAUACAAAUAUGCUGAAAGUGUAACAUUUUAUUUCUUCUUAAUGGAUUUUUUUUGCCUUUUUUUUUGUGUUUGCUCGUGCAUUAAAUCAGUAGAGCAUUAUUUGCACAAGCAGAAAAUUAACAUACUAACAAGAGUGCUGCAUUUUAUGUUUCUUUGUCAUGCAGUAAAUACUUGCAGCACAAAUGGGAAUAUUUUCAGUUACUAUGAACUUGUUUCAAAGAUCUUCGGUACAUUUUAGGAGAGCAAUAUACAUUUGAAGUCACCUUAUUUUGUAUUAAAUUAUAAAUUGUUCAAAGAAGUGGGUAUUGUGGCACAGUAAUUUUGUACUGAUAUGAAAUAUAUAGCUAUUAAAGCUAUGGUUUGCUUUUUAACUCAUUCUUUUAAUCCUAAUGCAAAUUUGAGUGUUUUUAUUAGGUUGUAUUUUUCUAUGUAUAUAUACAAUUUCAAAAUAUUAUGAUUGGGAACUGAAAAAUGUAAGUAUUGAUUUGAUUCUGAUAUUUAGAAUUUUGGAAUAAAAUACCUCUUAAUCAACAGAAA